UGGAGGUCUGCCGCUGCCGCCGCCGCCGCUGCCCACCGAGGGUUUCUUCCCCUUUAAAACAAACUAUGCAGCCCUAGCGGUGGAUGUUGCCCGGGCUCCCUGGAAGAAAGUCUGCGGGCUGGAGAGAGGGGGCGACAGGGGGGACCAGCCGAGGCGGAGACGAGGGAUCAUGGCGGCCCCUCUCGGACGGGACACCCUACCUGACCACUGGUCGUACGGAGUUUGCCGAGAUGGCCGCGUCUUCUUUAUCAACGAUAAAACUCGUAGCACCACUUGGCUACAUCCGCGCACUGGUGAGCCGGUUAACUCGGGACACAUGAUCCGCUCAGACUUGCCCAGAGGAUGGGAGGAGGGCUUCACAGACGAGGGGGCCAGCUACUUCAUCAACCACAACCUGAGGAUGACAUCGUUCCGGCAUCCUGUCACCGGACAGAUUUCCCCUGAAAACACAGAAUACACUCUACAAGACAGGAUAGAGGCCCGUAUGUCCAAGUCAGCCAACAUCCAGAGAUCCCCCAGCAUGGUCACAGAGUCCUCCAAGGGUGGGACCCCAGCUGCUUUGGAUACCUCAGGGUCAAAGGGCUCCAGAGGUUCGGGGAAAGUUCACAGUUUUGGCAAGAGGGAUCAUGCUAUUAAAAGAAACCUCAACAUCCCAGUGGUGGUGAGAGGCUGGCUCUACAAACAGGACAGCUCUGGAAUGCGACUGUGGAAAAGGAAGUGGUUUGUUUUGUCAGACUUCUGCUUGUUUUACUACAAAGACAGCCGAGAGGAGGCCGUGCUCGGGAGCAUCCCUCUGCCCAGUUAUGUCAUUGCACCAGUUGAGCCUGAUGACCACAUAAACCGCAAAUAUGCUUUCAAGGCGAGCCACACAGGAAUGCGCUCCUACAUUUACAAUAAGAACUCUGUGAUUGGCUCACAGGCGGAACACUGCGGGAUGCGGACAUAUUUCUUCAGUGCGGACACACAGGAGGACAUGAAUGGCUGGAUCCGCGCCAUGAACCAGGCUGCGCUGAUGCAGCAGAGUCACACUAUGAAGAGUGAGGUGGAGAAGCCAGAGAAAGUUGGACAGCAGGCCUUCCCACAAACCAACCACGUCCACGUCGUCCAGAACUCACCUCAGCCAGAAAUCCGUCACAGGACCGACAGAGAGGAGUCUUGUGAUAACGGCAUCAGACUGGCCCCCGGAGAUGAAGUGAGGUAUGGAAUAGAGAUCCAAGUGAGGCCCGGCCCGGCGGCCCCAGAGGAACGAGCGGAGAGACUCUCUCCUGACCCUGUCAAUGCUGCCGCCCACAAGAACGGUCAGCCGACUGUAAUCCAAUUGGCUCUGCCGCCGGAACAAAAUGGAAAUCUUGUCUAUCAGCGGGGCUUUGUUUCGCAGAAAGGAACUGAGAAACAUGUGCAGAGGAAGAACACACGGGCUCAGGUGGAGCAGUGGGUCCAGGUUCAGAAGGGGGACCCACCAAAGAGUGCUCCCUCUACUGAGUACAACCUCCCCCGGCGGACCCCCCCCUUAAAGCCCAAAGGCAGCACAGUGGAUCCCACCUAUCAGUCGUUGCCAAAGUCUCCCCGUCUUCCGUCCGGCAGCAACUCUCCUCCGGCCACGUCCAACCUGCCCAGUGACUACAAGUACGCUCAUGACCGACUCAGCCACUUCCGCAUGUCCACCGACGAGCGAAUGGCCGCCAAGGAGGGAAUGGUGUGGCAGCUGUACGAGUGGCAGCAGCGGCAUCAGUUCCGUCACGGCAGCCCCACCGCUCCCGUGUACAGCGGGCCGAACUUCACGGACUCUUCCUCCUUCAGAGUCACGGUGGAGAUGCCCCGUUCCAUCUCCGUCCCUCCGUCCCCGUGUGAGGUCCCACCCUCCGUCCCCUCCUCGUUCACACCGCUGUCCCCUCGCAGGCCACACACUCCCUCAGACAGACGCACAGUCAGGCCCCUGGAUGAAGUAACAUCCGGGGACAACACGAGGUCCAGCUCCCCCGGCCAUAUUUGUGCACAUCUUUCCCAGACUUCCCAGAUAGAGAGAAGGUCCAUGCCCGCCAUGGGCUACAUCACACACACCGUCAGUGCACCGAGCUUACAUGGCAAGACGCCAGAGGAGCUGACUCUGCUCCUCAUUCAGCUUCGGAGGCACCAGGCCAAGAUGGUUGGUGUGCAUAGCCCCAACUAUGCGUUCGCUCACCUGCAGCACCACCAGCACAACGGCCUUCUAGGCCCCGGCAUGCAGGCUGAUGAUAGUUACAUACAACUGAAGAAGGACCUGGAGUAUCUAGAUCUGAAGGUGAAAUUAAGUCGACUGUGUGAACAAGACAAGAUUCUCCAGGAGCUCGAGGCCACGAUACGAACUUUGAAGGAGGACAAGGACAAGUUAGAGUCUGUGCUAGAUGUUUCCCACCAGCAGAUGGAGCAGUACAGAGAUCAGCCGUCCCACGCUGAGAAGAUUGCCUAUCAGCAGAAAUUACUACAAGAGGAUGUGGUGCACAUCAGGGCGGAAAUAUCCCAAGUUUCCACGGAGAUGGAGAACGCAUGGAAUGAAUACAGUCGGCUGGAGAGAGAUGUGGACUGGCUGAAGUCAGCCCUGCAGGGACACAUGAACCGCACGGAUCUCUCUCAGCAGGAGAAAGUCCAGAUCAGAAAGGAGCUGUGGAGGAUUGAGGAUGUCAUCGCAGGUCUCAGCAGCAGUAAAGCCAACUACAAAGUCACGAUCUCCUCUGUCACCAACCCAGAGAGGAAGUUUGUGCCUUCAGUGUCGGCAUCAUCAGUGCCUUCUGUGUCUGGGAGCCCGUCUGCUAUGGAGAUGAGGCUGUCCCAGCAUCAGCAGCCCAGCCCCCACCUCAGCCCGAGUGGCCACACCCCCACCCUCUCCUCCAGCCCCAUCCAGCAGCUCUUGCACCACUCCUCCACGUUCACCAGUGGGCUCAAAUGGGGUGAGGAACAUGUGCCUCCUCGACCUCCUCUACCUCAAGUCUACAGUCCAGAUGAGCCCCCCCCUACUGUGCCCCCAUUGCCCCGGGAGACAACGGUCAUCAGACACACGUCUGUCCGGGGCCUCAAGCGACAGUCAGACGAGCGUAAGCGGGACAGGGAGAUCGGCCAGUACACGAAUGGAGACAGUAAGGUGGAACUCAGGCCUUUCCUGAGCGACCCGGAGCUCAUGGGAGCUGGAGACGGCUCCAGUCACAUCAGUGUAGUAACAUCUGGACAUGAGGGAGGUUACCAGACGUUACCUAGCAGAGGAGUUGCUGGCUCCUCACUCCGACUAAAUCAGUCUUCAAGCAUCUCGUCGUAUGUGACGAUCCGAAGAUCAGCCUCAGCUGCCGGCAUGAAGGAGAGACCAAAAAGUGCCUUGGAGCGUCUGUACUCCGGGGAGCCGGCGCAGCAGCAGCAGCAGAGGGGGAAGAUGAGUGCCGACGAGCAGCUGGAGAGGAUGAAGAGGCACCAGAAGGCCCUCGUCCGCCAGCGCAAACGCACCCUGAGUCACGGGGACCGCCGCGCCGCAUCCUCGCGUCCGCUUUCUGCAGACUUUGGAUCAUGGAAGAGAGAGCAAGAGUUUGACCUGCAGCUGCUCGAGAGGGCUGUUCAGGGCGAGGAGGCGCAGGGCGUUAGGAGCGUCCAGGGGGAGGAGAGACCCCCCGAGCACAAGGAGAGACCCCGGUCGCAGUCUGACGAAUGGCUGACCUAUCGCUCCACGGCCAUGACUCCUCCUGCACAGGAAGUUGACCUGGAGCCACUGGAUUAUGACGUGGACCUUAACAAAGAGCUCAUUUCUCUGCCUCUGUCUCACACAGUCACAUUCUCUAUGUGCAGCGGCGUUCUUCCUCCACCAGCCACGUGUGAGCUGUCUAAGCCUCAGAAAGUGCUGAUCCCAGAGCGCUACGUGGACUCGGAGCCCGAGGAGCCGCUGAGUCCUCAGGAGGAGGAGGAGCGGCAUCGUAAGGUGGAGCGCAUCAAGAGCAUCCUGGCAAAGUCAAGUGUGCAGAGCCUGGCACCCACGGUGUGUGUGGACAAGCCGGAGGCGGGGCUGGUGGCCCUGGACUCAGCUCUGCAGGAGCAGGAGAGGAUCAUCACCAUGUCCUACGCUCUGGCUUCGGAGGCCUCGCUCAAGAGCAAACUCGUCGCAGUUCCACCACAGGCUAACCUCCCCGCUCCUCCUCCCCCGCCCCCUCUGCCUCUUCCUCCUCCGCCUCCACCUCCUCCUCUCCCGCCCGUGUCUCUGGCUCCUUCGCCCCUGUCUCUGGCUCCUUGUCCUCUGGCUCCUUCGCCCCUGUCUCUGGCUCCUUGUCCUCUGGCUCCCUCACCUCUGGCUCCUUCGUCUCCUCUAAGCAACGGAAUUCACUACACGUUUGUCUAACCCGAGAAACGAACUCAAGCCAUCUCUGGACACUGAGGUGCUCGUCCACGCCGACAGCCACUGGAUUCUGCAGGAAAAGAGGUUCCAGUUUGGCUUUGGACAUUUUCACGUUUCCAUACAGCAGCAGAGGAACCGUGUGAAAAGAUUUACACGACAAAACAUUUCUCUCCGUUGCUGAAACAGCGUCGACUCUCCGAAACACUUCUCAGCACUAAGAGAUCGCUUCCUUAGGAAAACUGUGGGAGCUGCUGUGCUUAUUAACUAUGAGUGUCUAACAAAUGUUAAUCUCAUAAUAAUAAAAAAAGAAAUAUUUUCUACAUGUUAUUGCACUUUGAAUUGUACACUGUAUAGCGUUUUCAAGGGAUGACUGACUGGCUUGUACUUGCAGUGGGAUCUCAACUGGGAAAAUUUACCAGUUUCUUUUUGUUUCUUUUCAGGUACAAAAUGUUACGAACAAGUUGUAAGUAGCUGUGUCAUGACAGUCACUAUUUUUAUCAAGACUCAGAUCAUUUUCUUACGCCAAACCCCUUGAGAUAUCAUGUGUGUGUAUCGGUAGCACUGCCAGUCUCCUUCUAGCUUGCCAAAAUGAAUUUUAUUUUUGCUUACAUCAGGACGAAAAUAACCCUAAACAUAUUUUCUGUGUGACUGGGGGCGGGGGGGGGGGAGGUUGCACAAUGGAAAUUUAUAAAAAUGUGAA